AUGUAUGAAAUAAGAACUGACAAAGUUUGUGUAGGUAUGCCUAACAAUGAGGAGGAAAUUCGGGCCAAAAAACGUGAGAACCAACGAGAUAGAUAUGCUGCAUUGCGUAGCGAUGAGAAGGACGAAGUUCGAUCCAAAAAACGUGAAUAUCAGCGUAGUCAUCGGGCUUGUCUGAAGGCCGAGGCUGAUGCAUCCAAAUUGAUUGCACCAUGCGAAAUCACAGCUCAGAAGGAGGAAGCUCGGGCCAAAAUUCGUGAGUAUCAACGGGAAAGGUAUGCUGCAUUUCCUAACCACAAGAAGGAGAAAUUUCAGGAAAACAAUCGUGAGUACCAACAAAGUCAUCGGGCUCGUCUAAAGGCCGAGACUGAUGCAUCCAAAUUGAUUGCAUCAUCUGAAAUCACCGAUACUAGAAUGGAUGAUAAAGGCAACUCUUGUAAGAGGAAACCGGACUUGGCUUCACAAGUUGAUAAUAUAGGUGUUGGGAAAGGUGUAUAUCAACGUGAUUAUGGUGCACAGAAAAAAGUGGAUAAAGGUGCUUUCAAUUCUGGCAUUUGGGAACCAGAAGACACAUUGCAUGGAAUAGAGGAUUUCAAAUACGAGUAUUCUAUAGAAUCCACAACAAGAACAAAUGGUCAUGAUCCUUAUAACUUUGUGUAUGUUGGUCUUCCUCAGACCUAUCAUGUCUUGACGAAAGUGCAGAACUAUUUUUAUUGUCGUGCAAAGAGGUUUGAAGGUGAAGGUCCUGCAUUUUGUUGUCGGAACGGACGGGUUAAUAUAUUUAUACCAGAAGUCCCAGAUGAGCUCCGUCGAUUGUUCACAAGUCAAAUUAAUAAGGAUGCAAAGUAUUUCAGAAGGAACAUUCGUUAG